AUGAGCCCCCCUUCUUCCAAAUCGAAGAAUGGCGGCAAUACCUCCGGCCCUAGACAGAUUCGUUUCGUCGCCACCGAUGGUCAGCCACAGACCAAGCGCCGCCGAGUUAAUGCCGCAUGUUUAACUUGUCGCCGCCGCAAGAUCAGAUGUUCGGGGGAACAGCCAGUGUGCAAGACAUGCACCGACUACAAACACACUUGCUUAGGGUACGGCGAAUCGACUGCCCACCAGCGAUCUCAAUCCGAUUCCUCGCGCAUACCGCCCGCGCCUCCCCUCAGCUCGAACGACACAAAUCAGCACAACGAACGAGCGGAGAGCUAUUCACCUGAGCCCGCCCCAGCAGUCGCUCAAAAACCUUUGUCCAAACCGACACCCAAUAAGUCCCCGGUGUUAAAGCAAUCGGAUUCUAAGGAUGCAUCAUUAUCUCGAGACACUUCCGCGCGCAAGGAAUCGGACUCGCAUGCCGCUGGCGAUACCCCCGGAAGCAGUCGGACAUCUUUAAGCUCUGGCAACCGUACCCAUGUCCCGUAUUUUCGAUAUUUUGGACCUACCGCCAUUGUGCCCGGCUUCAAACAAAUGGUUGUCCAAGUUCGAGGAUCACGCAAAAGCAAUCCGUCAAUGUCAUCAGGUUUGUUCCCACCCGUCCUGGCUGGGCAGUUGAAUACGCCCGUACAUUUGUUCUUCCACUGGGCUUCAUAUACCCCUGGUGGCCCCUCUGCGGUAGACAAUCGGGAUAGUCGAGACGCCAAUACGAUCCCAUUUUACGACCGAGAUGACACCCCCCCAGUAUCAAAUUUAGUCUCUCACUUGUGCGAUCUUUUUUCACGCACCUGGGCUGCAACUUUCCAUUCCUGCAACGAGAACGACCUUAGAGAAAAAAAGGUUGACACUAUGCUGGUGGAUGCUGUUUGCGCAUUGGCUGCUAGGUUCUCACCUCACCCGCUACUUGGAGCUCCUCAGGCACCACCCAUCGAUCGUUCACAGCUGCCACCCGAUAUCAGAAUGUGGGACCGGGGCCUCCCUUUUGCACAUCGGGCAAUGAGUGCUUUGGUUGACUCACUCUCCUGCCCAACACUUUCCGCUGUCCAAUCCUGUCUAUUACUGGCCUACGAGCAAUUUGGAUCCAAUCACGAUAGUGGCCUUUGGAUGUAUCUGGGCAUUUCUAUCAGGAUGGCACAGGACCUUGGUUUGCAAAAGCAUCAAGGUUUGAAGCAUAACUACGGACGGAAAGGUGUGACGCCGAGCGAAGUGAUGACUGGGCAGGCUGGCAAGUUACGAGAAGAUCAGUAUGACGAUCUCGACGUAUACCAGAGUCCUAAAACGCUACCGCCCGCUUUUGGAACUGAACGCGCCCGUGAAAAGGAACGAGUGGAUACUUUCUGGAGCAUAUUUUUCCUUGAUCGGGUCAUCUCCUCUGGGACUGGUCGGCCAGUUACCCUACGGGACGAGGAUAUCGAGCUUUGUUUUCCUCUUCAAUCUGAAUCUCAGUUACCGAAUGGCUGGCCUGCACCGUUUCCGCCACUAAUCCGGGUCAUCCAUCUCUAUGGGAGAGUGACGGAUCUUAUUAACGGUAUACAAGAUGUCAACCACGUUACUUCUGACACGCUGAAGAGGCUGGCGAGUAUGGAAAGUGAUUUGACAGGCAUUUAUCAGCGGCUUUCUCCGAAAUUGCAUUUUAACGCAGCGAAUUUCCAGGCAUAUGUCAAAGCGAAGGAGGGAACUAACUUCAUUCUGCUUCAUUUUUGGUUCCACACAUUAAUUGUCCUGCUGCACCAACCUACUCUUUUGAAUUCAUUCGGCGGAUCAAUACAGCAUCUCUACCCGAACAGCCGCGAACUUUCAAUGUCCUCAGCGAAGACAAUCGCUGAUAUUCUAUCAUUCUCUGAACUGGUAGAUGGAAAGAGCUUCAUUGGGAACCCUUUCACUAGCCAGCCAAUGUAUAUUGCGGCUUGUGCCUUCUUAAUGGAGAGCGCAUACUAUACGUCGCCUUCAUCGAGGGGAACAUCACCUCUUCCGCAGCCAUUGUUGAACAAUCAAUCUAGUGGAUUUGUGAUGCCGGCAAUAGAGCCAUCUCAUGGCUCAGAACGAAACUCAACUGCAAAGCACAUUUUGCUUGCCUCCGCCGCCAAAGAGAAUUAUCAGCGCUGCUAUAAGGCUUUGAAGGCACUGAACUCGUAUUGGGAAGGCACUGGAUACAUCUUGACGGUGUUAGAUCAGAAGGCUAAGGGUAUUGUGAAUCCUCUUCUGUAUAACACAGAGGAUGUGGAGAACAGCACAGGUGAACCACCAUUUGGCGCUGCUAGUUGGCGCCCGACAGAUGUACCUCAAGUGUCCGAGAGACCUCCAGGAGUGGCCGAUAUUCCGACCGAUGGGAGGUGGUCACCAAAAUUUGAUCCUAGUCAAGCCAUUGGAUGGGCUCUCACUGGGGCAACCAACUCUUCCCAACCUAAUCUGAGUUUACUAUACCAGAUGCCCACAACAGAGGCUGAGACUCGUGCCGCAAAGCCCGCCUAUUCGUCACAAUAUAGUCACAGCUUUCCACCAUUGCCCGUUGUCACAAAUGCUGGGGCAAGUUCGAGUUCCUCUUUUGCGCAUCCUCUUACCCCAUCGAUCUCUCAUGGUGAAAGCCAGGCGUCUUCCCUCACCACCGCAAACAAUAAAUACCCUCAGGUACCUUCCCAUACGAUCGGCACCGAAUCACCAUACUACAUGGGCAUAAACUCCCCUUAUCCCGAGUCAAGACCCGGUGCCUCAGGCCACUCAAGCUACAACCCAGCCUUUUCGUCCAAUCAGAUGGAUGGCCAGGCCUCCGCAUAUGGUUACCCAGUCUCCUCUGGGGCUACAGAUCAUAAUGGCAGCCAUGCCCACAUGGGACCUAGAAAUAGCCUCCCCCCUUCAUUGCACGCCCACAACCCAGGCAUGAUGAUUGGAAGCCACGAUGUCGAUAUGAACACCCUACAUGAUCAGGAGUCAUUUCCAUUCUCCAAUAGUGAGAUCGUGCCAUGGCUAGAAUAUCUUCCGCAAGAUGUCCUCAGCUUCUUUGGUGACAAUCAUAAUUAUCCUCUCAUGAGCCCAGACGACAGUACUCGACCCCCGCAGUAA